GCACUUCUUAGAGGAGCUUUGACCCAACAGAGUGCUGUUAUCCUCGUCUGUAUGGCAAUUGAUCGUUACGUUUGUAUGCUGCACCCGCAUCAUUAUCACAAACACACAUCUAAAAAGUAUUACAUGCGGCAGGGUUGCGUGGCAGUGAUGUCGACCACUUGGAUAGCAAGCGUGGCGAUUUUCGGUGCUCUCGUACUCCCAAGAGGUGGUUAUUACUUCAACGGCUCUGGUCUCCUUGCCUGCGACCCUUUUUUCGCCAGGGCUUCCCUUAGGUAUUUUUCACCUGUUCAUAGUUGA